AUGCCCUUGGACUAUCCUCUACCGGACCCAACAAUCUACAAUACCACCUAUUUCUAUCCGCUCGGUCAAGCGUCUUCUCAACCUCCUAGUCAAGAGCCUUUUUCUUCUGUCACCGGCCCUUUCGACCAUAAUAGCAUUUGCAUAGGUGUAAAUGAACUGUUGAACACCACGCAUUAUGGAUAUACUGAAAACAAUGAAAAUCGAGCAAUUCUUGCGAUGGAUAAUAAUUUGAUCAAUGACAAUCCACCUUCCGUUUAUUAUCCGCUUUCCCAUUCAUCAGUUCAAACACCACCUACCCCUACUCGUUCCAACAACGCGAGCAUGACAACAAACGCUGCGAGUCACGGACAAACGGCAGAAAAGGGCGAAGAAAUUUACAAAGAGUUCUCUAAACGAGCUCACAAUGAAGGUAAUAAGAGAUUAAGUAGGGCGAGUUCGUCAUCAUCACAUGUGGAAGCGUCUACAAAUCCCUCAUCAAUUUUUAGACCUGAAGUAACAGCAAGACGAUCAAGUUCCUCUCCAGAGAGACUCGAGCCGAUCACCAAACGAACCACCCAAGAAAAAAUCCAAGAAAACAUCUAA